AGAGCCUGGGAGAGCGGCUCUGCUGAAGGACCUGCUGUUGUCAUCUCCAAAAACCUGAGUUACCUCCCCAAAUCAAAACUUUCACAGUACCUGACAACACACGCUCCCCGCAGAAGCAGCACUGUCAUGUAAGAACCAAACAGAACCCAAAAGCUUCAAGCCCACCAACACUGAAGCCACCACCUUCAAGCAGUUUUGUGUCCCAGUCUCCGCUCCAUCCCCUGCACCUGGUGUCAGGACCGGAACUACAAUCUGGGGAAUCUCAGUAGCUGGGUAUGCUCUCAGACCUGGCCAGAUCCAUCCUCCUAAUUGCUGAGGCUGCCUCAAGACCCAGAGAGCCACCUCCAGAACUUGCCGCAGACCCUUUGGUGAGCUCCAGUGCAGCCAGGAUGCUUUUGGAACCAAGGAUGUCCUCCGGAUCUCAAGAGCUGUCUCUCUCACUGGAUGAAGCAGUUACCUCAAGUUGAAUGCCCCCUCUGCCAACGGUCUCAGAACAGCUCUUAUCAUCCCCCUGUGAAAGAGUGUCCCCUCACCCCACCUUGCCAACAGUGGGUUGUGACUCAUCCAGCUGGAAGCCAGGUGUUGCUUUUGGGGGUGAGGGUUGCUGCUAUGAUUCUUCUGGAGAGGAUGAUUUGGCUGAUCUUACCUACCAUUUUAGAACAGAAGAACAAGAGGGUAAUACUUCCACAUCAGAAAAAUCCAUCUUUCCCCCAGUUCUUGAAAAGAUUGGCUAAACUGGUUGGAUUUCAUUUAAUUCCAUUCCAGGAGUCAACAGGGAGUCUCAUUGGUUGGUAUCUGGAUCAAACACCCUCCUACAAUAGAGUUGCCAUGCCCUUGCAUCCUGUCUUGGACAAGCUGGUAAAGAAAGUAUGGCAGACACCCCACACCGUUCCUCCUGUGUCAAAGGAAAUUGAGAGAAAAUACAUCCUCCUUGAAGAUGCGGUCGGUUAUGUCAUUCAACCUGCACACAAGACCAUGGUAGUCAAGGCAACAAUGGCGAGGGAGAAGGUGGGCCAGGAGCAUGGUACUGCACCCCAAAACCCGGAACUGCGACGCCUGGAUUCAUACGGCCAGAGGGCUUACCAGUCGGUAGCUACAGCCCUCCAUGUUGUGGACUAUCAAGUCUACAUGGCCAGAGGGCAAGUUGAGCUCUGGAAGAAAGUUUCUGCACUAGCAAAACGUCUUCUGCAGGACCAGCAUCAGGCCUUCCAGGACGUCAUUCUCGAGGGCACAGACCCGGCCAGGCAUCAAGUGCAAGCAGCCUUUGACGCAGGGGAUACGGUGGCGAGAGCCGCUGCCUGGGGGGUGGAUGCAUGGCGGCCUGCUUGGCUGCAAGCCUCCAGCGUCCACGAGGAGGUCCAAACAAAACUCGAGAACUUACCCUACGCAGGGGAGAAUCUCUUUGGGGAACAGGUGGAAGCUACUUUACAAAGAGCCAAAGAAAGGCAGGCCACGCUGUGCUUCCUGAGGUUGGUGUACUGCCCCUCGCCCCCUGCAGCAGGGUUGGGAAGGGGAAAGCUCCUCUGCAUAAGCCAGCUUUCACGUCCACUGUUUGUUUCAAGGGUGUGCAGUGCCCUUCUGGGAAGGGUGCCCCAUCACAGUAGCAGAACAAGGUGCUCUUCAUCUCCGCUCUACAGACAGCAAAAAUAAAAGGGAAUUCAAAGAGCCUGAGGCAUUUAGCUGGUAAAUCAUGUCUGGUAAACUGAUACCCAUCAGUGAGAUGACUCGGUCUGCCUUGUAUUUCCUCCCCCUUUUGAGUUUCAAGUCCUAAGCUUUGUUAUGUAUAACUAGAAAACAAAAGCAUGUCCAAAUCUCCAUUCCUCAGUUCCUGAGAGUGCUCUAAUAAACCAUCUUAUUGU